AUGGUAGGUAGCAGGACCUAAAAUUAGCACACACUAUAUGCAGUAGCUAAUAUUAAAUGUGCAGUAGCAAAUUUAAAAGUGUGCAUUAUUUUUUGUACUCUAUCUGAAGUUAUUUUGUUUUUAAUUUUAAAAUGUUCAGUUAUAUAGGUGUCAACUAUCAAAGACUUUUAAAGAAAAAUGUCUUAGAUUGUAUUUAUUAUAACUAACUAUUAAUAAAUACCAAAAACAAUUAUGCUACGAAGUUAUAUGUGACAUGUGUACUACUAAGUCUAUGUUUAUUAUUUAAAAAUAUUUUGUAGUAUGGAAUUAUAGGUGUGCAGUAGUAAAACACCCUAAUUUUAGGCCCUGGUAGGUAGUUCAUUUUACAUAAUUAAUUACUACAUAAUUAAAUGUGAACCUUUGGACUAGUUGUGGCCUAUAAUUAUAAAAUAUUUUAUAUAUUUUUACAUGUCAAUAUUAAUUUAUACACACCAUGUCGGCGUUAAGUUGUAAACCGAAAAAAAUUAUCACACUCAGUAGGUUAAAGGUGACACCACUGACACGAUAUGGAGCACAUAGUUGACAUGUUUUUGAAAAAGACGGGAUGCAACGACGACCGCAGUUAUGACACAAUGUGUCAGGUAUUUUUUAUCUACUUUGAGUUAGCCAUCACUCUGUUCUUUGCCGUGUCGAGUUGCCUGUCGAUCGUCAACUCGACGGAAGGCCUAUCGGUUCGCCUUUACGGACUAUUAUGCUUCCUUAUCGAGAGUCACAUUUUUUUUUUCAUAGCCGUCCGGUUAUACUAUCUGCCACAAUUUCGCGAUAUGUACCAGCGUACGCUGAAAAUGGGUAUCCCGGAAAACUUUAGACAGAGAAUCGCAAUGGUAAUCAAACAUCACUUUAUCAUAUCGAACGUGUUUGUGUCAGUUUCUAUGUUGUACACGAUUUCAAUGGAUUGGGUGCAGAUGGGCGAUCCGUUCACGUUCCCCUUCAUAGACGUGUUGCCGAUAAAAACGACAAACUUGACUAUUUACGUGUGCAAAUAUAUAUUAUACACUUUGCCCGUGUACAUUGCACACUUCGAAACCUGUUUCUUGAAUGUGACGUUUAUGUAUUCGACGGGCGUCAUGAAGAGAUAUUUUCAAAUACUCGACGGACAGGUCGAAGAAGCUAUGGUAAACAAGGAUGAGCAGCAAUUAAAAAUCGCAAUUAAACACCAUCAAGAGGUGUUGAAAUUUUUCAAUGAUAUGAAGACGGCAUAUGAGAAACCAAUAUUAAUGACAAUAGAAUUUUGUGGAUUAUAUGUUGGUUUGACUAGUUAUUUCAGUAUUUUAGUCAUACAGGGUUAUAUUCAUCAAAUAAUAUUGGGAUUAUGUAUAGUUAGUAGUAUCGCGUCUCUCAUAACAAUUAUAAUUUAUUGCAUUUAUGCAAGUAAUAUGUAUGAUUUACAUGAUGGUAUAUUGAGCGCUCUUUUUGAACACCGUUCCGUUUAUUCUCGAGACAACUCAUUAAAACGUCUCAUUUCAAUAAUGAUGACAAGAGCCACAAUACCAUUAGAAUUCAAAGCUGCUUCUGUUUUUACCAUAAACUUAAAUCUACUUAUCAAAAUUCUAAAAUGUGUAUACACGGUGUUUAAUGUAUUAUUAACUUCAAUCAGUCGCAAAUUGAAAGAAACUGCAGUAUGAAAACAAAGUAUAUAAUGUAUAAAUAAAGGCAUUUUUAGUGAUUUCAAUGAUAAAAACGUUUUCAUUUAUAAUUCCGAAAUGUUUUUUUAAGUCAAAUUUUAUUUUCAUAUUUUAA